CCGGUCAAUGAUUAACCCGCCCGGGCCGCGGAGCUGAGCUGCUGCUGCGGGGCCGGGGGCCGCGGCGGGGCCGCAGAGGGGGCGGCCGGGCUGGCGGGGACCCCGCGGGCACCGACGCAUCUCCGUGGGAUGGAGGGCGACGCACCGGGCGGGCCCGGGGGCCGCGGCCCCGCAGCCGAAGGAGCGGAGCGGGGGGGCAGCGGCGGGGCGGCCGAGGGGCUGCCCGGCCCCGGCACCCGCCGGGACGGCGGGGACGGGCCCGUGGUGGUGGCGGCGGUCACCAACGCGGCCUUCGAGGGGGACCCGCCGCCCUACUCGCCCCCGGACCCCAAGAGCGCUCACCUCCUCUACCCGCCGUUCCCGGCCGGCUUCUCCCAGCCAGUGCCCGUCGUCUACCAGCCGGGACCGGGGCCCUUCCCCCCCCCGGGCACCGCUCCUGCGCCCCUGCCCUACGCCACCUACGACGGGCAGCCGAGCGCAGGGCCAGCGCCCGCGGGCCGCGGGCAGCGCCCGCCCAAGGACUACAUGGUGGAGUCAGUGCUGGUGACCAUCUUCUGCUGCCUGCUGACCGGCGUCAUCGCCCUCGUCUACUCCCACGAGACCCGGGCUGCGCUCGGCCGCGGGGACAUGGCCCAGGCAAAUGUGGCAUCCAAAAAAGCCCAGUCGCUGGUCCUCUUCAGCCUUCUCUUCGGGUUGUUCGCCUCCAUCAGCUGGGUCAUCUACGUCCUGGUGGCCCUGUACCUGUGACAGGGACCCCGAGCCCCAGGGACAUGGUGGGUGCUGGGGGCUCCUCGCAGCUCACCACGGCCCGGGGAAGGGGGGGGACACACUCUGGCCGGAGCUGCCGCAGGAAAACGGGUGACCACAAAGUGUCACCGGGGCCGAGGGGCAGCGCCCGGCCUUCCCGGCGGGGUGAAGAGCCGCUGCGGAGCCACACGGGCCUUCGCCCGCCCGCUCUCAGCCCCGCGAAGCGCGGCGCGGGCAGGACAGACCCGCACCGAGGCGAUGCCGGCGCCGGCUCUGGGCACGGAGCCGUGUCGGAGCGGUGGCACCGCGCAGGGGAUGGGGCUCUGCUGCGGGAUGCGGAAUGCCGUGACGGCGGACGGUCACUGGGAGAUGCAGAACGGGACCCUGUCGCAGCGGGAGCGUCUCGCAGGCGCGGUGGAGACAGAGCAACCGGCCAAGACUGGACGGAGAGGCCAAGGCGUGCAGCCGCUCCGGGCGCACGAUAAUUAAUAAUGUGAGGGGAGCUAAAAAGCUCGUAUUUAGCUUCUACGGUAAUUUUGCACACACAAACACACACACACACACACACACAGGCUGUAUCACCACCUUUGUGCUGCUUCCAGAUUGAAAUAAAAUACAGGUGUAGCCAAA